AUGUCUUCUAACCGCAAAAGAAGAAGAGAUGCAACUCCCACUACCCCCACUACUCCCACUGCUUCAAGGAGCAGUGGUUUGAUUUCACUUCCGCAGGGCACUAUGUUUGAUUCGCCUAGGAUCGAAUCUGAUGAUGAUAUUCAAGAAGAGGACCUUAUACAAAAUGAUGAAUUAUCUUUAGGUUCUGAUGAAGAGGAAGGCGAUGAUUUGAUAGGGGAAGGCAUGGAAAAUGAUUAUCAAGCAAAUCCACGACUUGAUCAUUACGAUGCAGGAAGUGCAGAUGAGGAUGAAGUUGAUGAAAUGGAUAUAGAAACUCGUCGCCGUGUUGACGCUGAAUUGAACCAACGUGAUAUCGAAAGGGCAAGACUAGCUGGACGAAUGCCUUUUGUUCUUGACGAUGGUAUGACUGGAAUGGAUUUUCUUUCACGCAAAAAUAUAGAUCAGGAAGACGAUGAUGAUGAAGAAACGUCAGAAGAUGAUGAAAUGGAAAUUUCCGAGCAAGAUUUAGCGCACCCAAAGACAUCCACAAUCAUUGAAUGGCUCUUAUUGCCGAAUAUCCGCAAAACGGUUGAACGCAUCUUUCGGAGAUUCUUGUACAAGUUUAGUAAGGGUGGUUCAGCAUCAUAUUAUGGUGACCGUAUUUAUGAGAUGGCUAUAGCCAAUAAUCAAACGCUUGAAAUUAGUUAUAUUCAUCUCUCUGAAUUCACCGGAAUAUUGGCACUAUAUCUUAUCAAUUGCCCUUCAGAGAUGCUAAAAAUAUUCGAAGACAUUGCUUAUAAAGUUACUUUGCGAAAAUUCGAAGCAUUUAGCUCGAUCCAUGAAGAAGUACAUGUUCGAAUCACUGAACUGCCAACCUUUGGUACUCUCCGAGAUUUACGACAAGAAAAUCUUAAUACAUUAGUGCGCGUUUCUGGUGUCGUAACUCGUCGAACUGGAGUGUUUCCACAAUUGAAAUGUGUUCGUUUCAACUGUUCUAAAUGCGGAAAUAUCUUGGGCCCAUUUACUCAAGAUGCCCAAAGUGAAGUAAAAGUUAACUUUUGCAGCAGCUGUCAAUCAAAAGGUCCUUUUACUUUAAACUCUGAACAGACUAUAUAUCGGAACUAUCAAAGAAUUACUCUCCAAGAAAGCCCGGGAACAGUACCUGCAGGACGUUUGCCGCGACAUCGAGAAGUUAUUUUGUUGUGGGAUUUGAUUGACACCGUUAAACCGGGGGAAGAAAUAGAAGUUACUGGUAUUUACCGAAAUAAUUAUGACGCUUCCUUAAACACAAAGUCUGGUUUUCCGGUAUUCGCAACUGUAAUUGAGGCCAAUUAUAUAAGUAAGAAGGAAGACUUAUACUCUGGUUUCCGCCUUACUGAAGAUGAUAAAAAAACAAUCCAGGAACUUGCUCAUGACAAAAAUAUUGCAAAACGGAUUAUAAAAAGCAUUGCUCCCUCAAUUUUCGGCCAUGACGACAUUAAAACGGCAAUCGCGCUCUCAUUAUUUGGAGGGGUGCCUAAAAAUGUUGCUGGGAAGCAUAGAAUACGCGGUGAUAUUAAUAUUCUCAUGCUUGGAGACCCAGGCACUGCUAAAUCCCAAUUCUUAAAAUACGUAGAGAAAACUGCACAUCGUGCUGUCUUCACUACAGGUCAAGGUGCAUCAGCGGUAGGAUUAACUGCGUCUGUAAGAAAAGAUACAGUUACCCGAGAAUGGACUUUGGAAGGUGGUGCUUUAGUGCUUGCUGACAAGGGUGUAUGUUUAAUUGACGAAUUUGAUAAAAUGAAUGAUUCUGACAGAACAAGUAUUCAUGAGGCAAUGGAGCAGCAGAGUAUAUCUAUCUCUAAGGCGGGAAUUGUCACUACACUUCAAGCUCGAUGCGCAGUAAUAGCAGCCGCCAACCCUAUUAGAGGUCGAUAUAAUUCAUCGGUGCCUUUUUCCCAAAAUGUUGACUUGACCGAGCCAAUAUUAUCACGUUUCGAUGUACUCUGCGUUGUCAAAGACAUAGUUGAUCCGAUAAGUGACGAGAACCUCGCAGACUUUGUAGUGAAAAGUCAUAUAAGAAGUCAUCCAGCAUUUGUCACUUCUAAUGAAGAUAAUUUUGUAAACAGCAUUAAUGAAGAUUAUUCUUCUGACCCGAAUAUUCAACUUAUCGAUCAAGAUAUUUUGCGCAAAUACAUCGUGUAUGCGAAGCAAAAGGACCCAAGAUUGCAUCAACUUGACUAUGAUAAACUUUCGCAAUUAUAUUCGGACUUGCGUCACGAGGCUGGUGAUAGCAUUCCAAUUACCGUUCGUCAUCUAGAAUCUAUGCUUCGAUUGGCGGAAGCACAUGCCAGAAUGCACCUUCGUGACAGCACAGACUCAUCUGACGUUGACGUAGCAGUUGACGUCGUUCUGAAAAGCUUUUUUGCUUCUCAAAAAUAUUCAAUUAGAAAUAGACUUCAAAGGACCUUUGCUAAAUACAUGCGCAGGGCUCUUGAACCCAACGAAUUACUGUUUAGUAUAUUGAAUACUAUGUUGAAAGAAAAGAUGCAAAAUUCUGCUAAUAUCCAAACCAGGAUUGAGAUUCCGGUUGCUGAUUUACAAAAAAAGGCAAGGAAUUUAGAUAUAGCUCAGGUGGAAACGUUUUUACAAAGUAAAAAUUUCAAACGUUUCUAUAACUUGGAAACAUUGUUGAAUGAGAAAGUCAUUGUCAAGAUAAUCGGUUCGGAUUCAGAAGGAGUAAAAUACUUUUGCACGUCUUCGGAAGAAAAUGCUCAUUCCUAUGAAAUCACUGCUGUAAGAUGGGCUCCGUUGGGCAACAUUGUAGUGUCUGGUUCUCUUGAUUCUUCUGUGAAAAUAUGGGAUGGAAUAUCAGGUGAAUUACUCCGUGAAAUUCCAAAAGCACAUGGGUUAGGGAUCGCAUGCGUUGAUGUACAUCCUGAAGGAGCAGAAAUUGCGACCACAUCCAUUGAAACUGAGAUUAAAAUAUGGGAUGCCAAUCAGGCUAGGGAAUUGGAGCAGAUUGAGGCUAGAUCCUUGCAAGCGUGGCACGGUCAAUUCUCACCGGACGGCAAUUACUAUGCAGCUGGAACUGCUGAUGGAAAAAUUAAUUUUUGGCCAACUGCAAAAGCAUAUCGUGAACCCAUACAGUAUGAUACGGGUCACUCAAAAUUUGUUCAUUGUGUUCGAUUCAGCCCCGAUAAAAAAUUCGUUGCCGUUGGAACGGAAUCUGGUGGGAUUUACAUACUCGAUUAUACAACAGGAAAACUAUUGUAUGCACUUUCAGGACACAGCAAAUUAGUUCGAUCUAUUGAUUUCUCGAAGGAUUCUUCGUUGUUGAUAUCCGGAUCUGACGAUCGAAUGAUAAAUAUUUAUGACAUAAAGCAUGGUAAUCGGAUAACAAAUAUGCCCUCACAAGACGGCUGGGUUCUUUCUGUAGCCGCGUCUAGCAGUAAUGCUGCGCAUUUUGCCUCCGGAACAACGGAGGGAACUAUCAAAAUCUGGGAUAUAACUUCACGAAAAUGUGUCUGGUCAUCCAAUGAUCAUAAAGAAUCUGUGUGGGAAAUCUCUUGGAAUCCAACGAGUGACAUUUUCGUGACUGGAUCUGGCGAUAAAUCUUUAAGAUGGUGGUCAAGAACAGGCGAAAAAAAACCAGUUAUUAAAGAAACCGCAACGACGACAAUUGAAUCAACUGAUUCACAAUUAAAUCAAAAUGACACUACUACUUCAGCUAAUAUAAUCGUUACUUCAUCUGGAAACGAACAACUGCCACCAAAGGAAAAUAAUCACACUCCUGAAAAACAUAAAGAGAGUACCAACAACAGCAAAGACCAAGUUAAACAAGCUGGGCCACCAGAUUACGCUUCGAACCCGAAUAGCAGCAGCGCGUCUCCGUUACCUUUGUCUCCGAUCCCAAACUUUUAUUUUCCAAAUGGUGGUACUCCUGCUUACGUGGAACAAACGGCUGCAGAGGCAUAUCAGGCUGCUAUAGCAGCCGGAUACGAUCCAAGUGACCCGAAUUACACUGCUUACGGUCAAUAUGGGAUGCAUCCUCAGUAUUCACAAUAUUAUCCCCAGGAUUAUGGUGCCGGUUAUCCGGGUACCCCCCCACUUAAUGCACAGGCUUCUUCGCCUUCUCUACCUCCUCAACCUUUGAGUCCUUAUUUUACUGCGACCAGUCCAACAAUAGCCUAUUAUCCUACUUCGCCACAAGUAGGCCCCACUGGAAUAAUUCAUUCUCCUCCUAUGCUGCCUUACCUAUAUUCUCCACAAUCUCCUUAUAGUAUGCAUGCUCUGCACACACUCUCACCCACAUUAUCACACACUUCUUCUUCAGCCCCGAAUUCUCCUCCGCCUACAUAUUUACCUGGCCCAGGUGUGCCUUCUCCAAAAGUGGGCCCUCUUAAUAGUAGUGGUCGUGGUUUAAGUGGCAGUCGUUCUCCGCAACAUUAUACUUAUGGGCGAAGAAAUUCAGGCUCGCAACAAAAUCCUAAUAUGCCUAAUUAUCAUAAUCCAACAAAAACGACAAAUAUCUAUAUUCGUGGGUUGCCACCUACAACAACAGACGAAACUUUACAUAAAAUGUGUUCGAUCUACGGAACUAUCACUUCAUCAAAAGCCAUCAUAGACCAAAAGCAAGGCGAUUGUAAAGGAUAUGGUUUCGUAAUGUAUGAAAGCGAGGACCAAGCCAAACAUGCUAUUGAACAAUUAACACGUUUGGGUUUUCAAGUGUCCUUCGCCAAGGAGUCGUUUAGUACACGAUUGAAAAAUCUGCAGGAUAUGGCUUCAACGAAUAUAUAUUUAUCUAACUUACCGUUGGAAAUGAAUGAACAACAAUUGGAGGAGUUGUUCAAUCCCUAUAAAGUGGUAUCUAAUCGAAUCCUUAGAGAUGCAAAUGGCACUAGUCGAGGCGUAGGAUUUGCCAGAAUGGAAGAUCGUGAUUCGGCCCUUGCAAUUAUUCAGAAAUUUAACGGAUAUCAAUUACCUGGAGCUAGCUUGCCUUUACAAGUGCGGUUUGCAGAUUCGCUAGCACAAAAAAAACUGAAAGGACAGACUGCAAGAAAGCGUAUGUUGUGGCAUGUUGGAGAAUUUGAUACUUUGUGUGGUGGUGCCAAUUACCCUCAAGUCCCAGUCACUCCUGAGCAUAUGUUGGGUAUGGCUGCUCCUGGGUCACCUCCUGGUGCUGCAUAUUUACCUUAUUAUCCGGAAGGAGUGCAACCCUCAGGUGCCUUUCAACAAGGUUCUCUGUCACCAACUUUUGGUCCUCAAUACGCUAGAUACUAUCAACCCAUGUAUGCAGGUCCUGCAACUGCAGUACAACCAAGUGUAUCUGGGCAUCCUCCAGUAAAUGCCGUCACACCAGCUGGUCAACCUGCAGCCGAAGUAGUAAAUAACGAUUCAUCAUCCUCAGGUAAUAAAGACCCAACAGACGAUCUGAGUGAGCUCGUUCAAAAACAAUUGAAUGUUGAAAGUGGGGAUAACGAUAAUGUCCUCGAAAAUAAUUAA